AUGAAGCCCACCACCUCCCUCCUCAUCACCCCCCUCCUCCUCCUAACCCUCGCCUCCGCCCAACAACAACAACAACAAAAACGCCCCUGCACCCAAGCAGAAAUCGCCCUAGCAACAGGAAUCCACCUCAACAUCCAAGCCCAACACGCCGAAUACAACGGCACACAAAAGAUAAUCGACAUCGAAACUCAAAAUCCCGGAGACUUUUACAAUUUCGCCCGUUUAAAGGGACAAUUACAAGCAAACAUCCAAUCAGGCAUAAAUCUUCGACAAUUCAAUUUACAAAUCGCACCAGAAGGGAACCCGGCCAUUCCUGGGUUGAAGAAAUAUCAGGAAGCGCAGGCGACGGAGAAGGGACAGGUGGAUGGGUUGUGUGGAGUUUAUGUUGAGGAUCGGGAGACUUUGGAGAGGUUGAUGGAGGAGGUUAAGGGGGGGAUUUUGUUGAAUGAGGGGAAUUUGAAGAAUGCUACUUCUGUUUGUGACUUUACGUUGGUGUUUCCGCCUGCUAAUGAGAUGGGUGUGUAA